AUGGCUACAUCUGCCGCACUGCGUGAACAUUUGAGCCCAAAACCCUCGGUGAUAGCCGAACGAUUCCGAUUUCACAAGCACAACCAACGGCCUGAUGAAUCUGUACUGACAUAUAUUGCCGAACUACGCAACUUGGCAAAUCAUUGCCAGUUUGAGGCAGCUUUAAACGACACAUUACGAGACCGACUAGUAGUAGGUCUUCGUCAAGAGUCUAUUCAAAAGAGACUACUUUCAGAGACUGACCUUAAUCUGGAGAAAGCAAUCAACUUAGCAGUUGCUAUGGAAACAGCAGCGAGGGAUGCAGCUGAAGUACAGGGGGUGAAACCUGAGACAGUGCACAAGAUUAACACACAACCCGAACCGCGUCAACCUCAGCUAUUCAGCAAGAAACCUACAGUGAGAAACACUUCAUCUUUUGCACGUCCAACAACCAAGAGAAACACAUGCUACCGCUGUGAUGGUGAACACCCAACCUCCCAGUGUCGACAUAUUAACUCCGUCUGUUCUUAUUGUCAGAAGGAUGGACACAUUGAGCGAGCAUGUAUGAAGAAGAAGCGCAACAGAAACACGGGACGUAACACUUCUCUAUUCUACAAUGAAGAGGAGGAAUUUGAUUCUGAGGAAGAACACUACCAGGAGGGUGAAGGAGAACCACUUUUACACAUUACUAGUACCUUCCAUAUGAAGUCACGUCAUGAACCACCAAUAACAGUGCACCCAGUUAUUGAGGGCAAGGUCAUAAAGAUGGAAGUUGACACAGGGACAGCUGUUUCAGUGAUCUCAGAAAGAGAUUACAGUGCAAACUUCAACACGGUUAACCUUGAACCAUCCAGCGAAAUACUGCGAGCUUGUUCAGGAGACACAAUCCAACCCUUGGGCAAGAUAAAAGUGAAUGUGAAACUCAACUCCCAAACAGCUAACCUUGACUUACUUGUUGUACCACAUGGUGGACCAGCUUUACUCGGAAGAGACUGGCUUAGAAAGCUACAACUCAACUGGCAGGAGAUCAAGACUUUGCGCGCAGUUAAUUCAACUUACCAGUCAUCACUGAAGGAUCUACUUGACUCGCAAAAGGAUCUGUUCGCACCUGGGGACGGGAUCCUCAAGCAUAUAAAAGGGACAGUAACAGUGGACCCUGAAGCCAAACCGAUAUUUAUGAAGGGCAGAAACUUCCCAUAUUCCUUGAGGAUGAAGGUUGAACAAGAACUUGAGAAACUACAGGUAGAUGGAAUUAUUGAGCCGAUGGCACACAGCAAGUGGGCUACCCCGAUAGUCCCAGCCAUCAAGAAGAAUGGCAGUGUUCGGUUGUGUGGUGAUUCCAAAGUAACCGUCAAUCCAGUAAUGUGUGUGGACAAGUAUCCUCUUCCCAAAAUUGAGGACAUAUUCGCAACUCUUGCUGGGGGUAAGAAAUUUUCAAAACUUGACCUGACGCAGGCCUACCGCCACAUGAAACUGGAUGAUGAUUCACAGGAUCUACUUGUUAUCAACAUCCAUACGGGACUUUUAAAGUACAAGCGACUCCCAUAUGGCAUCGCAUCCGCUCCAGCUUUAUGGCAACGAACAAUCGAGCAAGUACUACAAAAUAUACCAUCAACACAAGUGAUCAUUGAUGACAUUACUGUUACCGGUCACAAUGACGAGGAUCACUUACAGAACUUAAAACUUGUCCUGGACCGUCUUCAGUUUUAUGGACUACAUGUGAACCUUCAAAAGUGUGAAUUUUUUCAAGCUAAAGUCAGCUACGUUGGACAUGAAAUUGAUGCUCAUGGCCUACACAAGUCACCUGACAAAAUUAAGGCAGUAAAGGAAGUCCAAUGCCCCAAGAAUGUGUCACAGCUCAGAUCAUUCUUGGGUCUAGUGAACUACUAUCACAGAUUCAUAGACAAUCUGUCAAGUGUAGCAGGACCAUUACAUGAACUUCUCAACAAAGGAACCAAGUGGGAAUGGAGCUCCAAGAGAGAAAGAGCUUUUAAAGAAAUCAAGGAGUUGAUUUGCUCUGACAAAGUUCUGUGCCAUUACGAUACUAAACUACCCUUGAAACUAGCUGCAGAUGCUUCGCCCUAUGGAAUCGGGUCUGUACUUUCCCAUAUGUUUCCUGAUGGAUCAGAAAGACCCAUAGCAUUUGCGUCACGCACAUUGAACCAGGCAGAGAAGUCUUAUUCACAAAUAGACAAAGAAGCCCUUGCUCUGUAUUGGGGUGUGAAGAAGUUCAAUUCAUACCUUUAUGGUCAUAAGUUUACUCUAGUGACAGACCACAAACCACUGCUUAGUAUAUUCAACCCAAAGAAAUCCCUUUCUGUGAUGACAGCGGCACGUCUUCAGCGCUAUGCAGUAUUCUUAUCAGGAUACCAGUAUGACAUUGAGUUUCGUGGAACAAAGUUACAUGGUAAUGCAGACGCACUUUCCCGUGUACCGCUACACAGUGUCGAUCAACCACAGGAUGAGAAGGACCCUAUUGAUUUGUUUUACAACAAGCAUUUUGAUGACCUACCGGUAACAUGUGUGCAGAUUCGUAGAGAAACACAACGUGACCCACUUCUUAGUCAAGUUUUGGAUUAUGUGGUAAGAGGACAUUUUCCCCAGGGUUGUGAUGACGAGCUAAAACCGUACUUCAAUCGCAGAGAUGAACUCAAUGUUUAUCAAGGAUGUGUGACUUGGGGAAAUCGUGUGAUCAUACCAAACAUUUUACGUGAGAAAGUUAUGACAGAACUUCAUUCCGGCCACAUUGGUAUUGUCAAGAUGAAGGCUGUAGCUAGAUCCUAUGUAUGGUGGCCCAAGCUUGACGAAGCAAUUGAGGAAAUCUGCAAGGUUUGUUCUGGUUGUAGAAGUGUCCAGAACACACCUUCCGCUGCACCAGUGCACCCAUGGAAUUUCCCGCCAAAGGCAUGGCAUCGGUUACACAUAGAUUUUGCCGGCCCGUUCCAGAGCGCCAUGUUUCUAAUUGUUGUAGACGCGCAUUCAAAAUGGCCAGAGAUUUUUGAAAUGAAAAGCACCACAAGUAAUGCUACAAUUAACACCUUACGGACACUGUUUGCACGUCAAGGGAUACCUGUAGAGGUAGUGUCCGAUAAUGGACCUCAGUUCCGGUCAGAGGAAUUCCGCCAAUUCAUGGAAUCUAACGCUAUCCGACAUAUAACCUCCUCACCGUUCCAUCCGCGGACGAAUGGUCAAGCCGAGAGGUUUGUUCAGUCGUUUAAGAAGGCAAUCAAAUCAGCAUCAGGAGAUUCUACAUGCAUCAACAAGAAACUUAACUCAUUUCUUUGUAAAUACAGAAUCACCCCACAAGGAACCACAAAUGAAUCACCUUCCAUGUUGAUGUAUGGCCGAAAUAUUUGUACCCGUUUAGACAUCAUGAAACCAGACUUGGCUACUACAGUCCUCUGUAAACAAUAUGGUUCAAAGGCAAAACACUGCGGAAAUGAGAUUCGGGAGUUCUCUGAGGGUGACCCAGUAAACACACGCGAUUACCGCUGUAAUGCAGACAAGUGGACGAAAGGACAAAUCCAUUGUCGAACUGGACCCCUGUCUUACAAGGUGGACGUCAAUGGAACGCUAUGGAGAAGGCACGUUGACCAGAUAGUUGGAACUUCAAAUAAUCAAGCUGCUGACCCAACUCCUGUGGACAUCACUGCUGAAACUCUGUUUGAGUCAUCCGUGAAUGUACCAUGUCCUCCUGACAGUAAUAAGGAAUGCGAGAAGGAUACCGCGAGCAAUACACCAACACCACGUCGAAAUCCACCGCGAGCCCGAAACAAACCGGACAAGUUGAACUUGUGA